UCGUUGAGUUCGUUCCACAAUCGUGCUUGGUUGUCGGCAGGUUCAUGUCGUCAUUGUCUCAAAAACAUGGCGAUUGGGUUAUUGGACGAAUUCCUUUCGUAAUUCAAGUGUUGCAGUAGAGAUUUUCAAUUCAGGAGAGAAGUCACUUUGAAAGGGAGGAUAAUGUCCUCCCUUCAUUUUGUUGUCCAUCCACUUCCAGGCACUGAAGAUCAGUUAAAUGAUCGGCUGAAGGAGGUUUCUGACAAGUUGAAUAGAUUUGGUCACUCAAACCCAGCAGCUCUCAAUGGAUUAAAAGUUCCUGUAAAGCAAAUUGUUGUUGGGCCUUCACACCUGGCUCUUCUGUUAGAAGAUGGGCGUAUAUGUAGACUUUCAUUCUCAAUCAUAUCAGAUAGACUGGACCUUAGCAAAAAUGACCCUAACAAAAAUAGCAGGCCCAGUGGAGGGAGUGGAGGAGGUGCAGGCAGACAAUUCCACCGCACUAGAGCUCGCCUUAUGCGCUCCAGUGCAGCUUUGCGAACCACAGCUGGGACAAGGGGAGCUGCUGGCGUGAUAAUAGGGGCCAGUAGCUCUGGUGGUUCUGGUGGCUCUGGCUCCCGACCGCUCGUUGUACCUUAUGUUCCUGAGGAGCUUGUAUCUCAAGCUCAAGUGGUACUGCAAGGCAAGAGUAGGAAUCUCAUUAUUAGGGAGCUUCAGCGUACAAAUCUUGAUGUAAAUUUGGCUGUGAACAAUUUACUAUCUCGAGAUGAUGAAGAAGCAGAUGAUGGAGACGAUGCCCAAGAUUCCUAUGUGCCGGAAGAUCUUAUUUCCUUACUUGAUGGAAAUUUCCACACCGAUCAUUCAGUCAUCAUUGAUGCUGACACAAUGUUUUCUGAAGAUAUGUUUGGCUACUCUGCUAUCCGAAAUUCCAGGCCUGGUACUGCUGCUAGACGGCUUACCUCAAAUGUCAGCUCAACUGAAAGAGAGAGAGAAAGAGAUCGUGAGGGAGAAAGAGAUCGUGAUCGUGACAGCUUCUCGAGGUGGAGGGAUAGGCAAUAUUUUGGCCCCAGGCGUUGGCUGGAAUCAGCUCUCAGAGAUUCUUCUGCUUGGGAGAGAGAUCAAGGUACUUCAUUCUGCCUAAUUCUAAAGUGGAUUACUAUUUUCAGAUUUCACAACAUUUGUUUUUUAUUUAUAGAGAGUAAAAAGAAGGAACUUGCCCAACAAAGUCCAUUGUGGAUAUCUGAUGAGUUGGAAUAUUGGCCUGACCGGUCACCCUUAGAACCUCUUCCCAAAUUUGUGCAGAUUGUUGGACUGCACAGUGAGCUCAUUGCUCUUUCAUGCACUGGUCAGCUGUACCAAUGGCGAUGGGGUGAUGUGGAACCGUACAGACAUCCAGAGAACCCAUCUGUUCAUCAUCCCAAAACAAUAACCUUGGGACUUCUGAAUGAGAAAAUAUUGCACGUGUCAGCGUCAGCCAUACGUUGUUCUGUUGCCUCAGAAAGUGGCCGUGUUGCCACCUGGAUGGAUGAAACUUUACAGCAUGCUGCUGGGCGACUGGAACACCCUGCCCAGAGUUUUACAGAGUUUCAGUUAGACAACAUUGUCUCCCUACACACAUGCAUUUUGUAUACAGUUGCUCGUCUGGAGAGUGGGGCAAUGUAUUGGUGGGGUAUCCUCCCAUUCUGUCAAAGGAAGCGUUUAUGGGAAAAAUACAGAGCUAAAUCUCGUAAACAUCGACCUUCUACUGCCUUGUCAGCUGACAUUGUGGCCGGUAGUCAAGUCUGCAUGAAAAUAAGCCCCAUGUACCAAGCAGGAGCCAUAGGCUUUACAAUUUCUAAUGGUGUGCCCAAAGUUGGUGUUCUUCAAAAUUCGGCAUGGAAUUUAGCUGAUGUAUGUCGCUUUAAGUUACUUCCACCCUCACCUGCCCCAUCUUGUAGUGGUGUUACUUUGGAACAGUUACAUGGACGGUCUCGUGAUAGUGGAAUUGGCAGUGGUAGCAACAGUGGUAGUGGCUCUAACAGCAAUUCAGGAUCAUCUGGCAAAAAUACCCACAAAGAAACUGCAGACCGGCUGGAUAUGCCCCCACCACCAUCUCCUGCUUCAAGUACUUGCAGUGACACUCCAAGUAAUACAUCAAGUAUCAAGAGGCAAAAACGGCCAGCACCAAAGGGAGAUGACUGUGACAAGAAGGACGAGGAAGAAUGGCCACUUAAAGAUGUCAUAUUUGUUGAAGAUGUGAAAAGUAUGCCUAUGGGCAGAGUCCUCAAAGUUGAUGGUGCUUUUGCUCUUGUCCGAUUCCCUGGUGCUAAAGAGGUCCUUAAUGCUGCCAACUCCAACAAAGAUGGAUCGAAGGAUGCUGGCUCUGGAUCUGAUGAUAUGAUGAGCCUUCUGCAAGAUUGCAGAUUAAUGCGUAAAGAUGACCUUCAAGUUGUCAAGUCUAAUGCAACAUCAAGAGUGCCAGACUGUUUCCAGAGGACCCCACGCCGCAUCAACAUUCCAGAGAGUGGAGGACAGAUCCUUACGAUUGCUGUUGAUGGUCAAGGCAUCCAUGCCAUUGUUAAGACUGGAUCUAAGUUGAGCUAUGUCCUAUUGAAUGUGAGCACUGGCCGCAUAGAGCAAGACAGCCCAUUCCCUUGUGACACAGCUGCUUUCAUGGGUCUUGACUCGCAUGCUGUUAAUCUUACAAGUACUGGAGAAAGUGGCCAAAGUGUCCUUUUGCUUCGUGAUGGAAACAGUGCAAUUUGCCCUCUGGCCAAAGAUUGCGUUGAAGCAAUCAGAGAUCCGCAUUGGUUAGAUCUUCCACCUAUCAGAUGCAUUGGCACAGGAAUUCAUGCGCUCACUGCUGUGGCUGCAAGCACAAAUUUGAAGAAUCAAGUUGCACUUCUCGUUCUUGCUUUGGAGUCACAAGUGCUCAUGUCUAAAGUGUUGAGGUGCGACCUUGACGGUAUCAAGCAGGUCUUGAACUCUCUAGAUUCUGAAGCCAAGCUCGGAGUGACCAUCAGUGUGGUGCUGAACAACAUUUUGCAUGAGCGGUGUGAUGGCAACAGGAAUAUUUUCCAUGCGUGUGUGUCCCAAUGUGCUCCAACAUCCAACAAAGAUGCAACUGGGGAAAGCACUUCCGAAACAAACACAACAGCUACAGGAGCGGCUGCAGCGUCAUCUCCUGCUGGGCCCAGCAAUUCUGGAGUGGGUGGUGCUGCCAAUGGUAGCAGCUGUGCUGGAGGAAGCUCCAACAAUGGGACGCUGGACAAUGCUAUUAAUGUCAUUAGCAGCACUCCGGUUAGCCUUAGAGACAUGAUGCGAAGAGCAUCACAAGUUGUGCGCUCUGAGAUGUCUGAGAUGGGUCAAAACUCUGUUGAAGAUUCGAUCGCACCUUCACUUUCCUGGCAAGAAACAUUUGAAAUUGCAGGCUCAGGUGAUGAAGACAGCCUGAUGGGACCCGGGCGUUCUGCAAACAACAGUAAUGCAGGUGCUAUGGGAGGCUUGGAUGGAUCUGGUGCUGUCAUGAAUCCUUCAGAGAGGCGCAAUGCAGCUCUGCAAGCACUCAAGAUUUUGACUGAAAGUCGGGCCCUUCAACCCCAUUUGCAUGAGUUACUCAGUGCCAAGGAUGCUACUGGUCAGACGCCUUUCAUGCUGGCUGUGACAUCUCGUGCGUAUCCAGCUGCACAAAUCCUUUUGAGUACCAUUCAGAGUGUGGCUACCAAAUUAACCUCAGAACAGGGUAUGAACAAGACCAGGCUUGGUGCCGAUUUCAGUGCAGAUGAUAAUAAGAGGUCCACAUAUGAUGAUAAUCAGAUGGACUGCAAAAUGGAUGAUACAGGAGAUAACGUUGGUAUGGAUACCAUGUUCAACCCUCCUUCUGGAUCCUCCACUCCGGUUCCAGGCCCUUCAUGCAGCUCUGCAGGGGAUGACAAAAAUUCUUCUUCAUCCUGGUUUAAACUUUUGAGAGACCUGAACUCAAAGUCUCCAAUGGAAAACACAGAUGCUGGUGGCCAGAAGGAUGCUGCAAAGUGGAACCUUAUGGCAGAAAUGGUUUAUCCUCCAGGUUCCCAUCCUGAUUGCAAUCCUCUGCAUGUUGUCUGCUGCAACGACACAUGCAGUUUCACGUGGACUGGAGCAGAGCAUAUCAAGCAAGAUAUAUUUGAGUGUCGCACAUGUGGGCUCACUGGCUCUUUGUGCUGCUGCACGGAGUGUGCAAGAGUUUGUCACAAAGGUCAUGACUGUAAAAUUAAGAGGACAAACCCCACAGCUUACUGUGACUGCUGGGAGAAGUGCAAGUGCAAAGCUCUUGUUCAAGGCCCUCAGACAUCCAGGUACUAUUUGCUCUGCCGCCUCGUCACAGAGACCCAUCUUGUUGAGUUGCCUAACAAUAGGGGCGAAAACAUCCUCCUUUUCCUUGUGCAAACUGUGGGACGGCAAGUAAUUGAGCAGAAACAGUUCCAUGCUGGCAACCGAACCCGGGGAGCGUCUGCCACACGCAAGGCCCCGUCCUCUGAUGUAGAGGUGGACAUGCCGGACCACGAUCUGGAACCUCCUCGCUUCAGCCGUCGGGCUUUGGAGAGACUCCUCAACGACUGGCCUGCAGUCAGAGCCAUGAUAAUGUCUGGCAUGAGGGAAUCAACAUCUGCCAGUAGUAGCAAUGCUGCGCAAAUGGUGUAUGAAGAUCAGGCGUAUCUACGCAGCCAGAGUGGCACUACCCAACUUGAUAAGUUUACCCACUGUCUUCUCGUGAAGUGUAGCACAGAAAUGUUUGAUAUACUGCUCACCACAUUGAUCCGUGAAUUGCAAAACGAGUCUGUGCCCGGACGCCAAGCCGACGCGCGCAGCGUGGCUCGCCGCUUUGUGCGGUCUGUCGCGCGCAUAUUUGUCAUUUUCAGCAUCGAAAUGGCACCCCAGAAGAGCAAGAAACGAGUCGUGGCGAACGAACCACUGCUCAAGUGCAAGCGAGUGUUCCAGGCCCUAAUCAGACUGGCAGUCGAAGAGCUCUGUGAAACGGCUGAUAGUUUGAUCGCACCAGUACGACUGGGCGUGGUUCGUCCCACUGCCCCAUUCCAAUUGUCUGGGUCAUUCAUGGAUGUGAUUGCUGGUUCUGAAGAAUUGUUUUCUGUGGAGCCAUUGGCCCUGAAUGGAGGAGGCUUUGUCGAUGCCCACACCGAUGAAGGCGGGGUGUUGUCGGUCGCUGCCGGCCACACGGAUGGGAGGAGUCCGCAUGGAGCUGCGUCUAGCACGGCUCGAGCUCGUCGGGCAGUUGUCAUGGACUUGGACGACACGGAUGGCGGUGACGGUCUGGGCGGUGAGGAUGGUGACGACAACGCAAGUGAUCCAGAAGACAAUGCUGACCAGCGAGGCGGCGGUGCCGAGGUGGAGCGAGAGCGGGAACGGGAACGGGAGUCACGGUCUCUGAGUGAAGCGGCUGCUGGCGAUGCCAUCGAGGCCAGCAAUGGAGCCCAGGACGAAGCCCCGCCGGACCCAGAGUCUGACACUGAGCUGGACCUGUUGGCGGAAACUGAGUCUGAUAGCGAUGACAAUCAGAGCAAUCAAGACGCUGCCUCUCAGCAGAGGAGUGUGCAGACCGGUGCCACUACUGGUUCAGAUACAGGUAUGGCAUCACUGAUGCUUUACCCAGAGGACGAUUCUGGUGAGUCUUCUCAGCAGGAAGAAGAGGAAUCUGAGGUAGGAGAAAGUGAUGAGCAAGAUGCUCAGGAAGACCUGCCCCUGGGAGAUGAACAACUAGAACGCCGCACGUCAAAUAACCCACAUGGACAAAGGAACAACCUUGCACCACAAUCAAUGCAAUGGGCUAUUCGAACACGGGACUCAGGCGCACGUGCUGGAGGGGUGCGUGUUGCAGGUGGCUCUUCAGUCAUGUUCAUCGAUCCUUCGACGCUGCGUCGUUCGGCGACCGCUGCGAAUGUGGUGGCUGCCGCACAGCAAGCAGCUGCUGCCAGUCAUGAACCUCAAACGAUGGCAACAACUGCAUCCUGCCUCGCCAGGGCGUUUUCCAUCGUCAUCCGGCAGAUUGCUGACUUACUUACAAUGCUUCAGGACUACAAUGCCCUCACUCCAGUUCUACCAAGGACACUGGAAAUCACCUAUCAGGAAUCAAUUAACUUGCAGCUGUACCUGGAGUUCCACUUGAAACCAACGUGGGAUUGGCUCCUAACAGUAAUGGACUCUACUGAAGCUCAGCUGAGGUUUGGAGCUGCCCUUACUCAGUCAUCUGACCCAACCCACCCUGGACACCCUCUGCACUCUUCUACCUCUGGCGGAAGCAGUAGUGCAUUGCCUGUGUCCUCAGAAGCUCGACGUCCAGUCACCACCACAACAAGUAACCCCACGGGAAGUACUCGGAUAGUGGGAUUUUCCUCUGAUGCACAGAGAUCAGCUCGCGACAGAGAAGCAGGUUUGGAUCCUCUCCUGUCUCGACGCGAGUUUUUGUCAUACUGCCUAUCACUUAUGCGCUCCCAUAAUGCUGAGCAUUUAGACAGCCUUCCUGUACUUGAUGUUUCUGCUCUAAAGCACAUUGCCUACGUAUUUGAUGCCCUGAUAUACUACAUGAGGUCAGGUGUGGACAGUCCAGUCACUCCUGAAGUGAUAAGAGAACCCCUCGAGCCAUGGAAUGACCAGGAUGAAAAUGAAAAUGAUGAAGGAGAUGAAGAUACCAACCAAUCUGUUGCUAUGGAGACAGACUCAGUGGAAGACCAGGAAGUGAGUGCAUCCAGCCUCCUUGCUUCGUCUUGCACUGCUAAUAACAAUGCCUUGGGAGACCGAGAAAGAGGUGCUUCAAGUGGAGCAAGCAAGGGCAGGAAGCAUCCUUUCUUCCAGCGCUCAGAUUCUACUCUGUGUCUGGGAUGCCCUCCACCGGACCCCUUUGAAGCCCCCUUGGCACAAGCUCUCCCCCUAGCAGACCAGCCACAUCUGCUUCAGCCCAACGCUCGCAGGGAGGAGUUAUUUGGCAUGCCUAAGCAGCCGAUAACUGUGCCAGCGAGGGGUAACAACCCGCCUGGAAGCUGCAACCCCUUGGAGGUGUUGCCGACUAGGCUUGGGCUCUCCGUAAGAACAGCAGAUACAAGUGCAGCUGCCAAUGUACCAACCCCUAACCCUUCCAAUAUAGCGAUUCAAUUGGCUCAUUCUGUGAUAGCAAGUCCUGCAGCUUCAACUCAGCAGGGUUCAGGAUCUGGUCCCUCUACUUCUUCUGGCACCACUUCUUCAAAUCCAAAGAAUUAUGAUGCAUUUGAUCAUGUAAUUCGUGAAAUGGUUUCCACUUGCUCAACUUGGCGAGAAGACAACAGAAGAUGGCCCUCUACUUCAACCCAAACCACCACCACCACGUCCUUGUCCAGCGCUUCCUCUGUCAGGGCGCCAAUCAUUGUUUCUCCUCGGAAGGUUGCUGCCGCCAUUGCUGCGGCCACUGCAAAUCUUGGUGGCAACUCCAGCUCGAAUGUGAGCAAUACCAACUUCAAAUCAUCUGGAUCGAGUAUCAUUGCAACUGGGUCCAAGAGCUUGCUUUCUGCCGGCUCCACUGAGGGAAGCGCAUCAAUAUCACCUGUUAAAAGUGUCAUUGUACGAGCUGGGCCUUCUUCCAAUCAGGAUACUCCUGUGCCCACACCCCGAACUGAUGCUCCAGAAGUGCUAGUAAUCCCUACUGAGAAUGUCACUGAUUGCGAAGAUACAUCAGCUCAUGUUACAGUGGAAACUACUCAGCCUCCAAGGUCGCAACCUUCUAUUGGGCAGUCUGUGUCCCAUGACCUCCUCUUAGGGCGCUGGCGGCUCGCCUUGGAUCUAUUUGGUCGUGUGUUCAUGGAGGAUGUAGGCCUUGAACCUGGGUCUGUUGUGUCUGAACUGGGAGGAUUUGCAGUGAAAGAAGCAAAGUUCCGUAGAGAAAUGGAGAAAUUGCGAAAUGCCCAGCAACGGGAUCUGACCUUGUCCAAGAUGGAGAGAGAACGUAAUGCUCUCAUUUUGCAAGCUUUGAAAGAGCUCAACACUCAGUAUAAUACACAGUAUAAUUCUACCCAUCGCCGUGGCUCAAGUUCAAGCCAACAGACCCCAUUAGCAGUUCACAAAGUAAAGGUGACCUUUAAAGAUGAGCCUGGUGAAGGUACGGGAGUGGCUCGCAGCUUCUACACAGCCAUAGCUGAGGCUUUAUUAGCAAAUGAAAAGCUUCCAAAUCUUGAGUCAGCUCAAGUAGGUACAAGAUACAGCAGCCAGUACAAUGUCCUCCAAAGAAUACGCACACGGGAUAGAGAGAGUCUACGGAGACAUGUGCAGGUAAAGCGCUCCACUGGCCAACGAGUUCGAGAGCCUCGUAGAUCGCUGUCCUAUGACGCGCGUCUCUUUUACCCCCCCAGCGCUGAAGGCGCCAUUGGCGGUGGCGACGGCCGCUCCCACAAUGAGCAUCUCAGCAUGCACCAACAGCAGCUGGGAGACAGACUGUAUCCUAAGGUGCAAGCUCUUAGGCCAAACUUUGCUGGGAAAAUAACUGGUAUGCUACUAGAGUUAUCUCCAGCUCAACUUCUCAUGCUUCUUGCAAGUGAAGAUGCGCUCCGCCAAAAGGUAGAGGAGGCAGUUGACUUGAUCCUCAAUCACGGUCAAGAGUUAGCAAGUGAAGCUUUGCUAGACCUAGAUGUGUUCAGCUUAUCAGAACGCAGUGGAGGCGGAAGUGGCAGUGCUGCCAGUCAGAGUGGUGCUGCUGGAAGUGGAGCAUUGGGUGCAGGUAACUCUGCUGGUUCUGGCAGCGGCAGCGGCAGUGCCAAGAAGGGCAGUGGAAACGCAGGUGGCUCCCUUACAGGCAGCUCCAUUUUGCCCUCGGCCGCCUCCACAAAGAGCAGCCUGUUGGCAGGAAUUGAAAUGAUGGACACUGACCCAUUAGACGAUGGUGAGGAUAAUGCACCAUUAUUCUACAGCCCUGGCAAACGGGGCUUCUACUCGCCUCGGCAGGGGAAAGGCUCAUUUGAACGUCUGAAUGCAUUCAGAAAUGUUGGCAGACUUCUUGGGCUGUGCCUCCUGCAAAAUGAGCUGUGCCCCAUUUUCCUCAACCGUCAUGUCCUAAAAGCCAUUCUCGAUCGGCCAGUCAAAUUUCACGACUUGGCAUUCUUUGACCCUCUUAUGUAUGAGAGUCUACGUCAACUAGUGAUUGAUGCUGAAAAUAAAAACAGUAACAGUUUCUUCUCUGCUCUUGAUCUGACAUUUAGUAUUGACCUUGCACCCGAAGAAGGAGGAGGCUCUGUUGAAUUGAUACCACAUGGGCGUGAUGUUGAGGUAACAGCCUCUAAUGUUUAUGAUUAUGUCCGUAAAUAUGCAGAUUACAGAAUGGUGAAAUCACAGGAAAAGGCCAUUGAUGCUAUUCGCACUGGUGUAUUUGAUGUUCUUCCAACUAGUGCCCUUGAUGGGCUAACAGCGGAAGAUUUGAGGCUACUAGUCAAUGGCGUUGGUGAUAUUGCUGUGUCAACCCUUAUAUCCUAUACAAGCUUCAUUAAUGAAUCUGGUGAUGCAGGCGAGAGACACCUUAAAUUCAAAAGAUGGCUGUGGUCCAUUGUGGAGAGAAUGACACCUUCCGAGCGCCAAGAUUUGGUCUAUUUCUGGACCGGUUCUCCCGCUUUGCCAGCGUCAGAAGAUGGUUUCCAGCCUAUGCCAAGCGUAACUAUUCGACCAGCAGAUGACUCUCAUCUUCCUACUGCAAAUACAUGCAUUUCUAGAUUAUAUGUUCCACUGUACAGUAGCCGCCAAAUUCUACGUGCUAAACUAUUACUUGCUAUCAAAACAAAGAACUUUGGCUUUGUUUAAAUUUUAUUUACCUUAGUCAUUUUAUCUGUAUUUUGUCUCCUUUGCUGGACAUGCAGUAAGGCAUGAACUUCUUUGUGUCAUAAAUGUAAAUUUUUGUUAAAAGUAAAAAGUUUGUUGAGGUUGCAGUAGGAUUAAUGAAUAAAUUAUUAUGUUUUCAUUGUUUUGAAAUACUUGCAGAUCCUUAGAAUUAUAUGUAAUUGAAUCUGUAAUUAAUUCAUUGGCAAUUAUUUUUGGGUUGGCACAUUGCCAACAUGCAAAGAUUGCAAUGGCCCUGUAAUUUGGCCAGUCACAUUACCAUGAUGCGUGUCUGUUUCGUGAACAGCAUCUUUCUUUCUCUCUUUCUUUUUCCAUUCAGCGUGGUGUUAGGAUUGGUUUGGGUUCACAACUGUUUUUUUCUAUGAAGGUUGAUUUUGGGUAAAUAGCCUGAGUUUCACACAUUUCAAGAAUUGAUCUAUUGAAGUAUAAUCUAUGAAGUUGUUUAUGGUUGUUUCAUUUCCAGAGAUUCAAAUCAAGGAAGCAUUGGAUCUCAUAAACUAGACGUCUGAAACCAGAUGGUUAAUAAAUGUCAUCCCAUCAUACCUUGACCUUUUAUUGGGGAUCUAAGCCUAGAAUCAAAUGAAUUGGGUUCAGUGUAUCAAAAAAUUUUAUUAGACUAGUGAGGCAUCUAUUUUAUGAAGUUCACUGGUGUGGUGUGUAGUUUGUGUGCAUGCUAAACUUUACUCUGUACUUUCCGUGUUUUAGGGCAUAUUUGAUAGGUGUGUGCAAGUUGCACUUUUUUCUCACUUAUUUUUAUUGACUCCUUGUUUUGGCAAGACACAAAGUAAUUACUUUAAGGGUUAUUAUCAUAUUUCAGUUGUAUAUUUUAAGAAACUUGUAAGUUUUUUAUUUUCGAUUAUUAGGAAUUGUUGUCAGAGGGUAGAGACUGAAGCCACAUAUUCUUCUUCAAAGGGUGACCAGGUGAUUCAUUCUUUCUCUUGGCAUAAAUCAUACUUAUAAAAUUUGCACUGAAUUAUGACUAGAAAUGCAGCAUUCCCACCUGUGAAUGUUUAAAGUAAUUUGUCUUUAAAAUUGGAGGCAGUUAUUUGCGUUUGAAGCCAAGUUCUCUUAUUUUGGGAUUUGACUGCAACUUGGUACUUUUUAAUAUUGUGAUAUUAAAACUAAAACAUCUUUAGUUACUCCAUCUUGAAUGUUCUCUUUUGUCAAGAUGGUGUUAGUGAUAAUGCUAACAUUGAGACCUACAGAUUUUUUUUUCUUUUUGUUUUUAAAAAAGAAAGAUUGUGUCUUGUGACUUUUUCCCUGUAAAUGUAUCAUUAUGGUAAACUUGCCCAUGUCAUUCUUUUAAACUGUGUGGGUUGAAUGGCCUCAUAAAGUAAUACUAAUAUAGCAAAUAUUUGAAUUUCUUACUGUAAGAGUUUAUUUUAAGAGUACAGUUUCAUCUCUAAUGUUGGUAUCAAUUCUUUCAUAAUCAAAUGACCUGUACAUAGUGGCGUAGUUGAUACAUUUUGAAAGAUCAGCCUUUAUAGAUUGUUCUACUUUGGACUGAUUCAGAAAGUAGAGAUGGAACUUUAUUCUUUAAAUCAUUCUGGAUUGUCUCCAAUGUAAGCAGUACAUAGGUAUUUGUAUGUGUAAUAUAUAUUUUUAUACAAAGAUUGAGCUUUGGUACCUCUCUGUACAACCACCAUCAGGAGGUAGGCAUACAUGUGUGUUCAUUAUUUCCUUCUAGACUCUUCCAACUGUUCAUGAUACUUUAAAGCAUGUUAUGUGCCAGCUUAAUCUUUGUGCUGUAAGACUUGGCAAAAGCUUUGUGCUGAAUUAAAGGAAGAUGUUUAGGAAGUAA